GGCACCGGCUCCGGCUCCGGCUCCGAGCCUCCCUUCGCCAGGGCCGCCCGGCUGAGCCCCGGCCCAGCGCCCGCGGCCCCCGCGGAGCCCCCGCCCCGAGCCUGCGGCCCCUGCGGUCUGUGGGAGCCGUGAGGGGAGCAAUGGCGGCGCCGCUCCUGAGGGAGGCCGGAGCGCCCCGCCCGGCCCCGCUGGGUGGAGGGUGGCGGUGCCCGCGGCCUGCGCUGCUCCGGCCUGGCCCGGUGCCGGGCUGGGUGCCGCGGGCCUGCCGGGGGGUGAUGGAACUCCCAGAACAAGGGUCGGGCAGCCAUGGGCUGAGUGUGAGGAGAGCUGAUCCCAAAACGGCGUUAACCCUGUCCCAGGAGUUAACACUGGGCUGAGUCAUGGGAGUAUCUUCCUGGUAGUGGAGUUAUAAUUUAGAAUCGGAGCAUCAUGGAUUUGUUUGGGCUGGAAGAGACUUUGAAGAUCAUCCUGUUCUACCCCUGCCAUGGGCAAAGACCUUCCCCUGUCCCAGGCUGCUCCAAGCCCUGUCCAGCCUGGCCUUGGGCACUGCCAGGGAUCAGGGGCUGCUCUGGGCACCCUAUGCCAGGGCCUGCCCACCUUUUAGAACUUUUUCCUAAUAUAAAAGUUACUUUGUGCUUCACCCUGUCAGAGAUCAACCACUGGUCUCUGAAUCUGAGCAUCACCUUUACAGUGUGUCAUUCUGAGGGAAAAGGGGUGAAUUUAAUGUCUGCUUGAGCGGUUAUGCUGUCUAGAGAAAGUUCCCCAGGUAUUCUGGUUCUGUCUGAAUUACCCACGGGCUCACAGAAUUCCCAGGAAAAGGACCUGGAUGUGGAUCUUUCUGCAUCAGGAUUUUCCUGAAGCCAGGGCAGUGCUUUGCAUGCCUGGGAAAGUCUCUUUUUGGCUGGUUUUUCAGGAGUUUCUGAAAUAGGUGUAGGGAUAUUGAACUUUGUUAAGCCUAAAAAAAGCUGGGCAAGGGCUUUGUUAUUAAAGUGAUGUGAUAUUAAAGCAGUUCGAUACUGGAUGGGAGGAAGGUUCAAGCUGUCACCACAAAUCCAGACCUUGCACAGAUGCUUUGCACACUGUUAUUGUGCCCUGCAGCCUGGGUUGGCAGCAGGGACGUCCUAAAAUUUAAGUGGAGCGGGAGUUUUGUGGGCAUAUUUUUGCCUGAUGAAUGUCCCUGUCACCAGCAGGUGGCUUUGUCCCUCUCCCUGAGCACGAUCCUGGGCUGUCCUCAGGCUGGGUUUGUGACAGGCUCGGAGCAGAGUGUGAGGUGUGGUUAGAGUGCUUUAAUCUGAGCUGCCUGCACAAGGAGGGCACAGUGAACACUGAGCAGGGACAGAUUUUCCUCCAGUGCUUAAAGGGGCUCACAAAGGGAGGAUUUUUAUAUGGCAGGACAAGGGGGGAUGGCUUUGAACUGCCUGAGGGCAGGGUUGGGGUGGAUGUUAAGAAAUUCUGUAUUCAGAGGGGGUGAGGCCCUGGCACAGGAUGCCCAGAGCAGCCACCCCUGGAUCCCUGGCAGUGCCCAAGGCCAGGCUGGAUGGAGCUUGGAGCAGCCUGGGACAGUGGAAGGUGUCCUGUCCCUGCCCAUGGACACCCGUGGGUGGCACUGGAGGGGACAGAUAAGGAGCUGCUCCCUGCUCACGCCUCUGGGCGUUUUUAUCUCUCGCUGAGUUCUCACUGCUGGCCCCCCACGCCUCCUGUGCCAUUGCUGUGAGGGCACUGGGGCGUUUUUAUAGGGAAAAGGAGCAAUUGCUGUGUUGGUGCUUGAUGCAGCGAGUGCACGAUGCCCUCCCGCUACCUCAGCUUCCGCUGCAGCGUGCCCUGGCUCAUCCUCCUGCUGCAAACUCUCUUCCUGCUCCGCUCCUUCUUUGGCUUCCCAGGUGCUGGUGACGUCUACUCCCCGUCCAGCCUGUACCCAGAACUUCAAGAUGUCAACCACAUGGUGGUUUUUGGCUUUGGCUUCUUCCUGAUGGUCCUGAGAAGAUACGGCUUCAGCAGCACCGGGUUCAACUUCUUGCUCAUUGUCCUUGGUGUCCAGUGCUCUGUGCUGGUUGAAGAUUGCUUCGUUUUCCUCAGGGCUCAGCAGAAUGAAGUUGGGAUGAAAAGCCUGGCCAAGGCCCUGGUGAGCAUGACUGCUGUGGUCAUCUCCACGGGGGCUGUCCUGGGCAAGGCCAACCCUGUGCAGUUAAUUGUGAUGACCCUGGUGGAGUUAAUCUUCUUCUACGUGAGCAGAUGCAUCAACAGGAUGUACCUGCAGGUCCCAGAGCACCUGAGCCUGAUGCACGUGCACCUCUUUGGAGCCUACUUCGGGCUGGCGGUCACCUCCCGCUUCCCUGCGGCCCCCCCGGGGCUGGACAAGAGCAGGAGCACCCCCAGGUCGGAGCUGUUCUCCCUGCUGGGCACUGUGUUUGUCUGGGUGUUCUGGCCAAGCUUCAACUCCAUCCUGGCUGACUCCAAGAGGGAAGCAGUGCUCAACACUUACCUGGCCCUCGCCGUGAGUGCUGUGGCUGCCUUCAUGCUGUCUGCCCUCACCUCCAAGGAUGGCAAGUUCAGAAUGCCCCUCCCCGUGUUCCUGCAGGCGCACGUGCACGGCGCGGUGCUGGCCGGAGGCGUCGCUGUCGGCUGCACAGCUCACAGCAUCCAGCACCCCUGGAUCGCCAUGAUCCUGGGGCUGCUGGCCACUGCCGUCACCGUCCUGGGCUCCCACUGCUUGCAGAGGUGCUUUAAUCGUGCCUUGAAGCUUCAGGACACUUCUGGAGUCCAUUUCACUUUUGGUUUGCCUGCUGUGCUGGGAGCCGUGGCCGCUGUGGUUCUCUGUGUCGUAGAAAAAGGGAUUGCUAAGCAAUGGAAUGAUUUAUCCAGUCUGGGUUAUUUGGUCUUUGUUGCUGUUGGUGCCUUCUGCCAGACCAUCUGCACUGCCUUGAUAACAGGUUUGAUUACAGGUUUAAUCUUAAACAUCAAACUGCUUAAAGCUGUGCAUGUCUCAAAGUACUUUGAUGACCAAUUUUAUUGGGAGUUCCCACACUUGUCUGUUGGAUUUUGAGUGGAGGAUCCCAGCUGACAGACAGGACCAAGAUAAGAUUUUCCUCUUUACCACCAGGAAAUCUGAACAGCUGUGAUGGGUUCAAAGAGCACUGAAAUACCAAUUCAAAGGCCCACAAAAGCCACCCCAAUGGACACUCAAAAAUCAAACUGUUCCAGUUAUUCCUGAAAGGUACAGAGGGCGAAUUCACAGAUGCAAACUUCAGGUGCAUUCAGCUUUCCUGCUUUGUUGGCCUUAUCUUAAAUAUUUUUUGUAAGAUAUGUACAAAAAGGUUGGCUGCAUUCAUGGCUUAUCAAUCCAAAUGCAUGGAAACAUUAAACUAUUUUUAGUUUUCAAGGCGAAAGGAUGAUUUGAAAUGGUAAUUCCUCACGGAGCACUUCUUCUCCAGACAAGCAGUGAAGUUUUUAAGCUGAAUUGGUUCUGCUGGAGGCCUUGACAAGGCAGGAUUUGAUGAGUGAGCUGGAGCAGGGCCAGAGCUCAGCAUCCUGCCAGGCUGAACUGGGACAGUCUGGGACAUCCUGGGACAGUCUGGGCUGGGCUGGGUGCUGGCAGGUCCUGGUCAGCUGUGGAUGACACCCCCGGGGUUUGGUGCCAAAUUCAAACACAAACAGAGCUGGGGCAGUGUCUGAGGGGACAGCCUGGGCUGUCACCUCUGUGGGAGGUGCAGGGACUUUAAGGACAGAGCAUUCUCUGCAGGAACCCGGGGUUUUCAGCAGAUCCUCAGUGUUCCUCACUUUCAGAGACAGCUGACACAGAAAUCUCCAGCAGUGCUUACCCAAUAAAGGAGUGAGAACGUGGCUGCUUCUCUCCCUUCAGCCCCUGGGGAGGGAUGGAGGAGGAGCUCGUGACAAGGCCUUUGAUGAGGCUCGCUGGCCUCAUUCCCUCCCUGAUGAGCAGAUCCCUGCACUCCCCAGGAAUGCAGGCACAGGCAGGGCCAGUUCUCCCUGUCCCCAGAGAGCCAGCAGGGAGCUGGGACUGCCCCAGCCUUCCACACACAACUGGCACUUGUCACUUCCCAGACACUUCUUCUUUUAUCACCACAGGAUAAAUGAAAUAUUCAGGGAUAAUCCCCUAAAAAAUCCCAAGUCACCACAGUUCUGAAUUACACAAGAAAAGCCACACAGCAGCAAGUUUUGAAAUUGAAGAAAUGGUUAUAUUGCCCAGAUAUAGGAAAUAUUUAAUAAAUACCUGUUAAAAGGUUGCUUUAAUGCAGUUUUAGUAAGUUGUGGAUUGUAAAUAACAUCAUAGAAACAGCUGGUUAAGUUCAUCCAUAUUCCAACUCUCCUUUUAUUUGUAACAAACAUCAUUUUAGAAAAGUGACUCCACUGUUGUUUGUAGCAAUUUUACAUUUCUCAAAAACAGUACAACACUGAAGUGGACGUACAAGAGUAAAAAAACCAAACAGAACUGAGCUGGAUUUAGUGCUUUCAGCUUUCCUUGAUUUCAGACACAAUGGAAGGUUUACAAAACAGUUUUACAAAACUUUGGGGGUGCAGUUAAAGCCCAGGGCCCUCCAGGGGGGUUCACUGCCACAAAUCCUCUGUGCGGCCAAACUUGAACACCAGGCCCC